AUGCAAAAGUCUGACACUCCCAAUCUCGCACCCUCGCGCCGCUCGGCGAUCCGCUCCUUCAAGGUGAUGGACGUGGUUGCCAAGGCUGACCGUCUCGCCCGCGCUGGUCGCGAGAUCUACCAUCUCGAGGUGGGGCAGCCGCAGUCUUCAGCGCCGCAGCCCGCCAUCCGAGUGGCGCAGGAGCAGCUGGCCGCGGACCGGUGCGGCUACACGUCUGCACGCGGCGAGCCGCCGCUCCGCCAGGCGAUAGCAGACAUGUACCUUCGCGAGUACGGCGUCACGGUCUCCACCGACCGCAUCCACCUGACGCCUGGUUCGUCCGGCGCCUUUACGAUCGCGUUCAUGGCAGCUUUUGACGUCGGAGAUGCGGUCGCUGUGCCCGCGGUCUGCUACCCAUGCUACCGCAACCUGCUGCAGUGCUACGGCGUCGAGGUCAUCUCCCUUCCCGUCGACGCAAAGUACAACGUCACUGCAGCGGUCCUAGCCGCUGGCCAACACGACCGCGCAGCAGCUGGGCUGCCGGCCAUCAAGGGCCUGAUCCUCUCGAGCCCCGCGAAUCCGACCGGCGCGAUCUUGACGCCGGAGGAGCUCAAGGCGCUCUGCUUCUCCAAGGCCUGCAGCUACGGCAGGACGGGCUGGCGGCUCGGCUCUGGCCCAGCCUACAGCAUGACGGGCUGGCGGCUCGGCUGGCUGAUCGCGCCAGACCAUCUCGACUCGUGCGUCGACGCCCUCAACCAAAACAUGAACGUCUCCGCUCCGACCGUCAGCCAGCGCGCGGCCGUCGCCGCCCUCGGCGAGGAGGCGGCGGCGGAGCUGGCGCAGCACGUGAAGAGGUACGAGGACAACCGCGCCGUCGUCGUCUCCGGCCUGCAGCGUAUGGGCGAGCAGACGCACCCGCGAGCGCCGCCGCGGCAGCAGGGAGCCUCCCUGAGCCUCCUCGGAGCCUCCCUCCCAGGCGUGCAGACGCACGAGUACGCACCGCCGCAAGGCGCUUUUUACCUGUACGCCGACUUGGGACGGCUCGGGGUGGCAGACUCGCUCGGCAUGUGCGAUGCGCUGCUGCAGGACGCGGGGCCGUGGCGGCGCGGGGACGCGGGCGUGGCGGUGACGCCGGGCGUGGACUUCGAGGAGGAGGGGUCCGGGGUCGGCGAGCGGCGCGUGCGGCUCUCCUUCCCCGGCACGACGGAGCACGUGGCGGAGGCGAUGCGACGCUUGGUCGAGUGGUGGGAGAGCGAGGCCGGGCUCCGAUGGAGGGGCGGGGCGGAGGCGCGGGGCGGGGCGAACGGCGCGGCGAACGGCGCGGCGAACGGCGCGGCGCACGCCUGA